AUGGCACCAUCUAUCAAGCAAUGGAAGAGCAGCCUGAAGGGUAUUGACAGCCUGGAACAGGCCGAGGCCCCCAUGCCCGCACCCGGCCAAGGGGAAGUCCUCGUGGAAAUCCAUGCUGUUUCUUUGAAUUACCGCGAUACCGAAGUUGUGAUGGGCGAGUACACCCACCACCGAGCAACCAGCGGAGGCGAAAAAACCGUCGUCCCCUGCAGCGAUAUGAGCGGUGUGGUCACUCAGGUGGGCGAGGGCGUAACGGCCUGGAAAGUCGGCGAUCGUGUGCUGUCGACCUUCCUCCCCGACCACCAGACCGGACAAGUGACCGAGAAGGAACUAGCACGCGGUCUGGGCUUGCCGAUGGAUGGAGUGCUGGCGACACAUCGUGUGUUUGCCGAGCAGGCUCUGGUUCGGGCUCCCGGUUAUAUGACCCACGCGGAGGCUAGUACGCUUCCCAUUGCGAGUGUGACGGCGUGGAUGUCGAUCAAUGGCAUGCGGCCGAUGGGACAGAAUGGGGGAGAGGGCAAGUAUGUUUUGUUGCUUGGGACGGGUGGUGUCUCGAUUGCUGGUCUGCAGAUUGCGAAGGCAUCCGGGGCGAAAGUGAUUAUCACGUCUUCGUCUGACGAGAAGCUGGAGCAAGCGAAGAAGCUCGGCGCUGACUAUACCAUCAACUACCGCACGAUCCCCAACUGGAACGAGGAAGUGAUACGGGUGACGAACAACCACGGAGCGGACAUCAUCCUCGAGACCGGAGGUUCGGAGACCCUGAGCAAGACAUUUGACUGCGUCGCCUUUGGUGGACUGAUCGAUUGCAUCGGCUACACGUCUGGAAAGCAGCACAAUCCGAACGACACCCUCAACAUGAACGUGCUCACGCUGCGCAAGAACCUCACGAUCAAGGGCAUCAUCAACGGUCCCAAGGACCGCUUCGAGGAGAUGGUGCGGUUCUACGAGAAGCACCAGAUCCACCCUGUUGUCAACCGGGUAUUCCCCUUCAAGGAAUCAAAAGAGGCAUUCAAGUUCCUGGCAAGCGGAGCGCAUUUCGGAAAGGUCGUGAUCAAGGUGAAGGACCAGUAG